CUCAAGCCAACCACUCUUUCUCCCAAAAUCCAGCCAUUUUUUAUAUAAACUUUUUGCUCGUAUCCUUUGAUUCCUCCCACACUCUUUCCAACAAUCAUGGAAUACAAGCAACAAGUGCAAGUUGAGCAAAAUUCUUUGCAAUGCCAGAACAAUUCUGAAGGCAUUGGUAUGGGACAAGAAAGGCGGUCUGCCAAUUAUAAACCAAAUAUUUGGAAAUAUGAUUUCCUACAAUCUCUUUCUAGCAAAUAUGAUGAAGAGCAAUACCGAAGGGUGACUGAGAAGCUGAGGGAGGAAGUUAAGAGCGUUUUUGUGGAAGAAGCAGUGGACUUAUUGGCUAAGUUGAAGCUUGUUGAUAGCGUCAUAAAGCUCGGCCUGGGGAGUUACUUUGAGGAAGAAAUCAAACAAUCUCUAGACAUCAUAGCAGCUUCGAUCAAGAAUAAAAAUCUCAACGUGGAAGAGAAUCUUUAUGUCACUGCAUUACGCUUCAAGCUCCUCAGGCUGCACGGAUAUGAAGUUUCACAAGGCGUCUUCAAUGGCUUUUUCGAUGGCACUUUCGACAAAAGCAAAUGCACAGAUGUUAGGGGCUUGAUCGAGCUCUUCGAGGCCUCACAUUUAGCUUACGAGGGUGAAGCUACGCUGGAAGACGCUAAAGCCUUUUCAGCUAGAAUUUUAAGCGGUAUAAAUUGUAGCGCCAUUGAAAGCGACCUUGCAAAAUAUGUGGUGCAUGUCUUAGAACUUCCUUCCCACUGGAGAGUGAUGUGGUUUGAUGUCAAAUGGCACAUCAACACGUACGAGAAUGACAAGCAAACAAAUAGGCAUUUACUUGCCUUGGCUAAAUUGAACUUCAACAUGGUCCAAGCCACGCUCCAAAAAGAUCUGAGGGAUGUUUCCAGGUGGUGGAGGAAUUUGGGUAUAAUAGAGAAUCUAAGCUUCACAAGGGACCGACUGGUUGAGAGCUUCUUGUGCACAGUGGGACUUGUAUUUGAGCCUAAGUACAGCAGCUUUAGGAAGUGGCACACUAAAGUCAUAAUCAUGAUACUAAUCAUAGAUGAUGUCUAUGAUGUUUAUGGUUCUCUGCACGAGCUGCAGCAAUUCACCAAAGCUGUUAGCAGGUGGGAUACCGGAGAAGUUCAAGAACUGCCAGAAUGUAUGAAGAUUUGUUUCCAAACCCUCUAUGAUAUAACUAAUGAAAUGGCUCUCGAAAUGCAAAGGGAGAAAGAUGGGAGUCAAGCUCUACCUCACCUAAAGAAAGUGUGGGCAGAUUUUUGCAAAGCAAUGUUCAUGGAGGCAAAAUGGUUCAAUGAAGGAUACACACCUUCCUUGCAAGAGUAUUUGAGCAACGCAUGGGUUUCAUCGUCAGGCACUGUGAUUUCGGCUCAUUCAUUUUUCUCUGUAAUGACUGAGCUAGAGACAGAAGAGAUAUCGAAUUUUCUCGAGAAAAAUCAAGACUUGGUGUACAACAUUUCUCUCAUAAUUCGGCUUUGCAAUGAUCUUGGGACUUCUGUGGCAGAGCAAGAGAGAGGAGAUGCUGCUUCAUCAGUAGUGUGCUAUAUGCGAGAAGUGAAUGUUUCGGAGGAAGUUGCAAGGAAUCAUAUAAAUAACAUAAUAAAGAAAACAUGGAAGAAAAUAAAUGGACACUGCUUCACAAAAUCUCCUGCGCUGCAAUUGCUUGUUAAUAUCAACACCAAUAUGGCACGGGUGGUCCAUAACCUCUACCAACAUGGAGAUGGGUUUGGUGUUCAAGAUCGCCAUGAGAAUAAAAAGCAGAUCCUCACCCUCCUUGUUGAACCUUUCAAGCUCGAUUUACCAGAAUUUUCCUUCUAAAGUAUAGUGUAUACCUAGAUGGUUUAUAUGUAUCCUUUAAAUGAAGUGAUUGUAAUUUAUUUUCUCUUUUUUAAGAGUGCAAUUAUUGAGUA